AUUUUGCGGAAGUGUGGAGGUUCUCUUGAACUUGUUGACGUCUCUUGUGAGCUCCCCCAACUUGUUCGCCGGCCAGGUCUUAAAAGUUGGAAGGUACGUGACAAGGGCACUUGGUUAGUUUCCUACAAAGAUGUCCCCAAGUACCGCAGGAAUGUAAUUGUUCCCAGCAUGUUUCCCUCUGGCAGAAGCUAUGUGGAGCCGACUGAGACUAACCAUGACAUGGAGUUGGGAGAAAAGCAUGAGAAUGAUGGUAAUGGAAACUCUGAAGAUGGGUUCGAGCCACCAGAGGAUCCUGUCGCACUAGCUGAUGAAUUGGACGAGGAAGUUUGUAAUUUUCCUCUAGAACGUUGCACGAGGAUAGUGCCUCAUGAUCAAAACGGUGGAGCAUUUUUUAUUGCUGUAUUCCACAAACUUUCCCCUCUUCCAGCCAUGCAGGAGAAACCCCAUAUUCUGCAAGGAGUUGAUGAGCAAAGUGUUAAAUCACCGAAUCAGGUUAUUGAAGAUAUGAAAGAAUUGGAGGUUAUAUCAGGAGAUGGUACAGAUGGGAAAUUUUCAGAAGCAGCUUCAGAGGCUGAUUUAAUUGAUAAUGAACCAGAUGGGGCUGCAGUGGAACCUCAUAUUUGCAUUACAGGUGAAGAGCAUACUUCAGAAGAAACGCAAGCAACUGGUCAUAGGGAAACUGAUCCCAAGAAAGCUGGAGGUAAAAGAAAGUUGCAGACUCAAGGCAAGUGGAAAGGGGUUGACCCUGUUGUUUUCUUCAAAGAUGAAGCCAUCAUCAAUAGCAUAAAGACAUUCUACGGUAUUGAUGAAUCCUUUGCAUUAAAUGGGCACCUUGUCACAAGAAAUAACGAUAUUAACCAUGUGAAGAGAAUAUACUAUAUUUCAAAGUCGGUUAAGGAUGUUCUUGAACUGAAUUUCUCAGUGGGGCAGCAACUUAAGAUAACAUCCAUUGGCCUGAAGAUGUUUGAACGACAAUCAUCCCGAGAAGGCAGCUCUGCACCAUGUUCAUUUCGGAUAUCUUCCGAAGGAUUACCACUGAUUCUCCCUUACAUCACCAAACAGAUCCUCUAUGCAUCCCCAGUGGACUUCAAGCAUCUUCUGCAAUAUAAAACUAUUAAAUUUGCAGAUUUCGUUGAUGCUGAGUUUGGUCAGAAGGCAUCAAACCUAAUGAUGGGUUGCUGUGUGAUUGUUUUGAGCAAAGGUAACAAUGCAUUGGAUCAUCAUGCCCAAGUGAACGAGUCAACAAUAGCCAUUGGAUGCUGGAAGGGUAGGGCCAGUUUAACUGUAAUGGUCACUGCAAUUGACUGCCAAGAACUGCUAGAAAGGCUUCUGAUGCGCAAGGAGCCUGAAAACGGCUCUUUGGUGCAGGAAGAGAAAUCCAAUGUUGAGGCUAACAAAGUACAAGAAUCAAAUGACAUUGAAAAGAAUGAGAACGCGGAAAAGAUCGAACUUGCAACUUCAAGUUGAAUUCGCUUCAAAAAAUUUCUUUCUUUCCUUACGCCAUAAUGGGGGAAAGUCUUGGAUCUUAUCACUAGUAUGGCCAGAGUCCCUUUGUCUUUUCCAUAUUCCAUUUUAGAGGAACUGAGUUCUUGUCAUGUGGAUUGCCAUGUGCUAAUGUAUUCUUUAGAACAAGAAAUUAUAGAUUUUGCUGAAAAUUUUGUUCUCUGCAUACUUUUCAGAUACGAUAUUCAUGUAUUUAUCUCAAAUUUUUGGAUAGCUUGACAGCAGUAAGGGACUAGGGGUGAAUCACCCCCUCUUAAUGGCUGAAUGAACUUUUCCGGCAUCUUGUUGGCAGA